AUGGCCGCCGACGGGAAGGCCAGUAAGUGUGCACCGGACUCUGUCAUCUUCAAGAAGGUCUCCCGGGACAAGUCGGUGAGUGCCACACAGGUGACCAUCUACCUGGGCAAGAGAGACUACAUAGACCACGUUGACCAAGUUGAGCCUGUGGAUGGCGUCGUGUUGGUGGACCCCGAGCUGGUGAAGGGAAAGAAAGUGUACGUGUCUCUGACCUGCGCCUUCCGCUACGGCCAGGAGGACAUCGACGUCAUCGGCCUGACCUUCCGCAGGGACCUGUACUUCGCGCGGCUGCAGGUGUUCCCGCCCAUGGGGGGCGGCAGCGCCCCCACGAAACUGCAGGAGAGCCUGCUCAAGAAGCUGGGGGGCAAUACGUACCCCUUUCUGCUCACGUUUCCUGAUUACCUGCCCUGCUCCGUGAUGCUGCAGCCAGCGCCGCAAGAUUCGGGGAAGUGCUGUGGGGUGGACUUCGAGGUCAAAGCCUUCGCCACAGACAGCGCGGACCCGGAAGAGGACAAGAUUCCCAGGAAGAGCUCCGUGCGCCUGCUCAUCCGCAAGGUCCAGCACGCGCCCCUGAAGGUGGGCCCCCAGCCGCGCGCGGAGGCCGCCUGGCAGUUCUUCAUGACGGACAAGCCCCUGCAGCUCGCGGUCUCCCUCAGCAAGGAGAUCUACUUCCAUGGCGAACCUAUUCCCGUGACCAUAACUGUGACCAACAACACAGAGAAGACCGUGAAGAAGAUUAAAGCAGCAGUGGAACAAGUGGCCAACGUGGUUCUCUACUCCAGUGACUAUUACGUGAAGCCGGUGGCUGUGGAGGAAACGCAAGAAAAAGUGCCACCACACAGCACGUUGUCCACCACACUGACCCUGCUGCCCUUGCUGGCCAACAACCUGGAGAGGCGGGGCAUCGCCUUGGAUGGGAAAAUCAAGCACGAGGACACCAACCUUGCCUCCAGCACCAUCCUGAAGGAGGGCGUCGACCGCACCGUCCUGGGGAUCCUGGUGUCUUACCAGAUCAAGGUGAAGCUCACGGUGUCGGGUUUCCUGGGCGAGCUCACCUCCAGUGAAGUGGCCACGGAGGUGCCGUUCCGCCUCAUGCACCCCCAGCCCGACGACCCAGGUCAGUGA